AUGGUGGUGCCAUCAAACAAGAAGCUGAAGAAGAAUAUUCGCAGAAGGAGAACAUAUUCUGGCUUCGUUCAAGAAAUAGUGGAGGGUUAUGCCAGGGUAUGCAUUGGGAACUUAGCAUGGGACACUAGCCCUGGGACGGAUCCGGAUAUCCAGGAAAUUUUGGGCAAAAACAAAGAAACAGGGGAAUUCAAAGGGUGCGCGCAUGUGGAUUUCAAUGAUAUUCUGUCUGUGGCCAUUUCGGCGCUUAAGCUGGAUCAUAUUUUCUGUAAUAGUGCUAAUCGUACACCUGGUAAGAUCAAAAGGAGGACUUGUUACGUGUGUAGAGAAAAGGGUCAUCUUGCCACAGCUUGUGGCAAGAAGCUUAAAGAUUCUCAUGAUCAGGCAAACGCUAAGGUGGAUCAAGAGACUGUUAACACAAGUACUGCUAUGCUAAGCUAUGACCUUCAAAAGAACAAUGGUGGUUCUUAUUGCAUGAAUGAUACAUACACUGCUACAAAUGAAGCUCAUAGUGGAAGAUUAGCUUCUGAGGUUAGCUUUGGUAAGACCAAAAGGAGGACCUGUUACGAGUGUAGAGAAAAGGGUCAUCUUGCCAAGGCCUGUCUCAAGAAGCUUCAAAACACUGGUCACACAAACGCAAAGGUGGAUCACCAGACUGUUGAGGCACGACCGAUUCAGGAAACAAACUAUAAUUUUCAAAAGAUAUCAGGAGAUACUGACAACAAUGGCGGUUCUUACAUGGACGAGACAUAUGUUGCUGACCCGGUAUCCGUUGUUGCAACAAAUGGAACUAGUGACGGAAGCUCAGUGUCUGCAGUUAGUUAG